UGCUCUGCCAGUCGCAGCAGAGCUCCGUGCCGGCCAUGGCGCGCGGCCCGAGCACCCCGUCGCUGCUGCUGGCGCUCCUCGUGGCGGCGGCGGCCGCGACCGCGUCCGAGGCGUCCAGGGCCCCCGCCGUCGGCAACUGGACGGAGGAGCUGCGCGGGGCCGCGAGGCGGGGCCGUCACGUGCACGGGUACGCGUGGCGCUCGCGGUCGCGGUCGCGGCGGCGCGCGUUCGAGAACGGCCUCGGCCGGACGCCGCAGAUGGGGUGGAAUAGCUGGAACCACUUCGGCUGCGGGAUCAACGAGGACCUCAUCAAGCAGACAGCUGAUGCACUGGUCAACACUGGUCUGGCAAAACUGGGCUACGAAUAUGUUAAUAUAGAUGAUUGCUGGGCAGAAUCUGACAGGGACUACCAGGGUAACUUUGUUGCAAAUAGACAAACCUUCCCUUCUGGCAUCAAGGCACUAGCGGAUUAUGUGCACGCAAAAGGGCUGAAGCUUGGAAUCUACAGUGAUGCUGGGACACGAACAUGCAGUCAAAAAAUGCCAGGAUCACUUGAUCAUGAAGAGCAGGAUGUGAAAACGUUUUCCUCUUGGGGUAUUGAUUAUCUGAAAUAUGACAACUGCAAUGAUGCUGGCAGGAGUGUAAUGGAGAGAUAUACUAAAAUGAGCAAUGCCAUGAAGGCCUAUGGAAAGAGCAUCUUCUUCUCGUUGUGUGAAUGGGGAAGAGAAAAUCCUGCUACCUGGGCAGGCAGCAUGGGCAACAGCUGGAGAACAACUGAUGAUAUCGCCGACAACUGGGGCAGCAUGACAUCUCGUGCAGACCAGAAUGACAGAUGGGCCUCCUAUGCCGGACCUGGUGGAUGGAACGAUCCUGACAUGCUUGAAGUGGGCAACGGUGGUAUGUCUGAGGCGGAGUACCGGUCUCACUUCAGCAUCUGGGCACUUGCCAAGGCUCCUCUUCUGAUCGGGUGCGAUGUACGCUCGAUGAGCCAGCAGACAAAGGACAUACUCAGCAACUGGGAAGUCAUCGCUGUCAACCAAGAUAGUCUAGGCGUCCAAGGAAAGAAAGUGCAAUCCAACAAUGGCUUAGAGGUAUGGGCUGGGCCGCUUAGCAAAAACAGGAAGGCUGUGGUUCUCUGGAACCGGCAGGGCUACCAGGCAACCAUCACCGCCCCAUGGUCGAGCAUCGGGCUCGCUUCAUCCACUGCUGUCACCGCUCGCGAUCUAUGGGCGCACUCGUCGUUCUCAGCCCAGGGCCAAUUAUCAGCUUCAGUGGCACCUCAUGACUGCAAGAUGUAUGUUCUGACGCCAAAGUAACCUAUGGAGGAACGAGUCCGUAGCGUGGGAUGCAGCCACUCAAUCAGGAUUCAGGAGAAGUGUACGCACGCAAGGAUCCUUAAGGGAAGGAGAUGAGAUCUCAUUUGGUUUUACAAGACAAGAGUGUUAUGCAGAAAUAAUCUGUAAUCUGUAAGUGUAUUUAAGGCGCCGUCAAAUGUCAGCGCAUUACUGAAAAUGUUUGUAACGAAAGUUGCAGCAGUAAUAAAUUGGCUUGCCCACCACUAUCA